AUAAUAAAAGAGUACAGCCAAAAUGGUUUAAAACUUAUGGUUACAAGCCAAAAUUAAUAAUUUAUUCACACUGGAAAACCCAUUUUGGCAGGCAUUUCGAGAAGAAGAAGAAGAAGAGAGGAGAUGAAUAUGAUGAAGGAACGCAAAACGACGACGUAUUGUGUGACUGGUGCAAGUGGGUACAUCGGUUCUUGGUUGGUUAAGUCUCUUCUUGAAGGAGGCUACACUGUUCAUGCCACUCUCAGAGAUCUUGCAAAAUCUCAAUAUUUUCAAUCCAAAUGGAAGGAAAAUGAACGGCUCAGAUUGUUCCGAGCGGAUCUUCAAGAUGACGGCAGCUUCGAUGAUGCCGUCAAGGGAUGCGACGGCGUCUUCCAUGUCGCGGCUUCCAUGGAGUUUGAUAUCUCAUCAGAUCACGUCGAUCUCGAGAAUUAUGUCCAGAACAAAGUCAUAGAUCCGGCAAUAAAAGGCGUACGGAAUGUACUAGGUUCUUGUCUAAAGUCGAGCUCAGUCAAAAGGGUCGUCUUCACAUCAUCCAUCAGUACUCUCACUGCCAGAGAUGAGAAUGAACUGAUGAGAUCUGUCGUGGAUGAAACUUGCAAGGCUCAUGUUGAUCAUGUCCUUAAAACACAAGCAAGUGGAUGGAUUUAUGUACUAUCGAAGCUUGUAUCAGAGGAAGAAGCAUUUAGAUAUGCAAAAGAGAGAGGAAUGGAUCUUGUUUCAGUCAUUACAACUACUGUUUCAGGUCCAUUCCUUACUCCUUCUGUCCCAUCAAGCGUUCAAGUUCUCUUGUCCCCAAUUACAGGUGACUCAAAGUUGUUUGCAAUAUUAUCAGCUGUGAACAAAAGAAUGGGUUCGAUUGCUUUAGUACACAUUGAAGAUAUCUGCAGGGCACAUAUGUUUUUGAUGGAAGAACCAAAGGCUAAUGGCCAAUAUAUAUGCUGUGUUGACAAUAUUGAUAUGCAUGACUUGAUGCUUCAUCACUUUUCUAAGGAGUAUCGUUGUAAAGUUCAAAAGGAAAAUGAAGACGAGGAAGAGAGACAAUGUGUGAAGCCUAUAAUAUCUUCAAAGAAAUUAAGAGAAUUGGGGUUUGAAUACAAAUACGGUAUUGAAGAAAUUGUUCAUCAAACAAUUGAUGCUGCCAUCAGUUUUAAGUUUCCUAUUUUAAAGGACAAACUCAAGGAGUGAGAAUGUGAGAUCAACAACAAUUAUCUUCUUCGUUUUGCUGGAUUAGACUAUUGUGAAUCUUUGAAUAUACUAAUGAAGUGUUUUCAAUCCCAACAAAUUUUUAAUGGUCACUGUGUACACUUUAUAGUCUUAAUAUCGUUUGAACUUUUAGAAGAAUGAUGGAUUAUACUA